CUCGGCCAGCCUGCCAUUGCCUCUUAUGGGCUCUCUUUGUCACUUUUUCUUUCAAAUGUCGGGAAGUUUUCUUGAAUUCCAGAUGAGUUUUCCUUCCUGAUUCUCUUCUUUUGAGGCGGAAUCAUGCAGCAAAUCCUUCAUGCGAUGGUGUUGCUCUGCUGCUUUGGUGUGGCUCGUCCCUUCUGUCCAUCGCAGUGCACCUGUGUCUUCCACGGCCGGACCGACGGAUCCGGCGCCAGAUCUGUUCUCUGCAACGACCCGGACAUGUCCGACAUCCCAGUCAACGUCCCAGUGGACACCAUCAAACUGCGCGUGGAGAAAACAGCAGUGAGACGAAUACCAACGGAAGCAUUCUACUACCUCACCGAGCUGCGGUACCUGUGGAUUACCUACAACUCCAUCACCUCUGUGGAUACUGGAAGUUUCUACAACCUCAAAAUUCUGCAUGAGCUGAGGCUGGAUGGGAAUAUGAUCUCAAUCUUUCCUUGGGAGUCUCUGAAAGAGAUGCCCAUGCUGAGAACGCUGGAUCUCCACAAUAACAGACUGAGCACAGUCCCUGCAGAGGCGAUACCUUACCUGCUCAACAUCACGUACUUGGAUCUAUCCAGCAAUAAGUUCACCACUCUGCCCUCGGACCUCAUGGAUAUCUGGCCACCGUUUAAUGGGGAGCCGGUGUUUUCCAGCUCAGCCCAGAAAGUAGUUUUGGGUCUUCAAGACAACCCCUGGUUUUGUGACUGCAAAAUCUCAAAGUUGCUCGAGCUGUCCAAAAUGACCGACACGCCUGUCAUUUUGAUGGACCUUUUCCUGAGCUGUAGUGGACCAGAGAACUUGGCCGGCGUGCUUUUUCAGCGAGCAGAGCUGGACAACUGCGUGAAGCCGUCAGUCAUGACCUCAGCCACCAAGAUUACGUCGCCUUUGGGGAGCAACGUCAUUCUGCGCUGUGACGCCACGGGGCUCCCAACACCGAUCCUCUACUGGGCAAAGUCUGACGGCUCACCUGUCAACAACACAGUUCAAGAAUCGCCGAGUGAUGGCAUCAAAUGGUCCAUCAUGAGUCUGCAUGGAAUACUUAGCAAGGACGCUGGGAACUACAGCUGCAAGGCUAAGAAUGAAGCCGGCAGCGCAGAAGCUACAAUAUCCCUAUACAUUGCCGGUUCCUUCAGUCCAACCAACCUUCCGAUGCAGUCAGAUAUCGGAACUGGACCCACAAUUCAAGGCACAACAUUCAGUUCCCCGACAGACACCCCAAACUCAGUGUCACUUACAUCCACGGUUCCUCAAGGAGGUCCAACAACAUCUACGCCAAAGAAGCAGAGAACCACACCCAGCAACAGUCUGCAGAGAGGUUCACCGAAACCAGAGAAGGUCCAACAAGGAGGGAAAAAAGUGGAUGAGAAAAGCAGGAAAAACUAUACAAGAAAGUCUUUGACAGACCUGCAGAUUGUUGAAGAAACAACUGACAGUGCUGUGUUAGUUUGGACAGCUGAAGGGUUACCCCCUAAAUCUCCUCUCACCGUGGUGUACUCGCCGUACGGCGAGGAUGGGUCUAAAAUGACACUGGAAACCACUGCUGGAAGUGGCAAAGUGCUGUUAGAGAACUUAUCUCCAGGAUUGAGGUAUUCUGUUUGUCUGGUAGCAAAAGAAAGUGCAGCGGGGAAAGAUCCUUGCAUUGACUUCUCCACGCUGGAUGUCGUCGGGGACAGUCAGAGCCAAUUCUUGGUCAUCUUAAGCGGCGUUGCAUGUGCUUUGAUUCUGCCCAUCAUUGCUUUUUUGGUCUACAAGAUUCUCUCAUUGUACUGUAAAGGGAACAGCCCGCCUCUGGACGAGGAGGAGCUUGAAAAGGAGAGCUAUGUCAAGUUUGAGACAAUAUCAAUGAAGCAAAGGACAACAAAUUCAAGGCCAACAGAGCUUUGGGCGAGGAGACCAACCCACGAGUCAGAGAGAAUGCUCCUGUGCUCACGGUCGAGCAUUGACUCUCAAAUGACCUACAAAAGUGAUAGCUCCCGAUCUGAGUAUCUAUGCUGAUGCUAGUGAAAACGUGGCUGUUUUCUGCCAUCGAACGCAAACUACGGUUUUGAUGCCUUUGGACAAUGAGACACUGGUGGGAAUAUACUUUGUUUUAUGUAACACACUUGUUUUGCUAUUCAUGAGUGAUCAUUUGUUCGAUGGUUUCUAUGAAAAGCUGUUGACAGGAGAAGUGUUUUUAAUCGUAAAAUGAAAGCAAGGCCUUAAGUUCGGUUAGUGUGAGUUAUCGAGAUACAUUAUUACGGAUGGAAGAUUGUGCGCUAUGGUGACAAUGACAAAGGCUAAAGGCCCAUUUUUGCUCCCUUUAUGAAUGAAAUUCUACCUGUCAGUUUCAAAUGAUGCUACCAUCAGUCAUCACAUACUUCCAUGCUUUCUUUACAUUGGUAUUGCUGAUCACCAAUAUAUCCACCGGGGGAGCAGCUCAGAGUUAAAUUUUCUGACAAGGACAACUCCAAAACAAACAUGGAUGAGGUAUUGAUGAUACACUUUUUGCACUAAAGACAAAAACGGAGCGUUGUAGGUUGAGGUAAAAUAUAUAUAUUGCAACAGGAGGAAAGAGAAUUUCCACCACUGUUAUGUCUUGUCCGUGUCACAUCAGAGCCACGUAUCGGGUAGUGACAGCAACACUGCUCCCACGGUUUCCGGUGAUAUUCCUCCAUUUGGCCCGUAUCCGUAAGCUUGUGAAGAAAUGCAAACAAAAUGAACGCAGAUCCGUCCAUCACGUUGAGUUUUAAUGGGCCUUCUGACAGCAAUAAAGAAGGUUCUUCCCUUCAAAAGACUACUUUGUAUUCCACAGAGAUACACAGUAGAAGGCAGUGAAACCAACUUGUCAUUCGAAAUCCAACCUCAAACCUUUACUGCAUCUGAAGUGUCCCUCAUAAAUUGGUGAUUACUUUUAUUGCUUUCCAUGUGACACCAAACACUACUGGUUGGGAAAUGCAGGACAGAGAAUGUUGGAAAUGGAGGUGCGACAACCGUUGGAAGGUUCAUGGAUGUGAUGAAGAAGGACAAGAAGAAGAUCGGCUGACUAACUAGGGAGUAUUAUCAAGAUGGGUUAAAAUGGAGGAGGCUGACUUGCUGCAGCAAACCCCUGACCAGAAAUACAGAAAUACAAAGAUGUAGAUUUGGUUUAUCCAUCAUAUUUUUUAUAGGAUAAAAGCAGUGCCACAACUGUAUAUGGCACAUGCCCUGAAAUAUCCAACUAUAGAGUGUGAUCAUUUCUUUACUGCCAAAGUUUAAGUGGUCUUUUGUGGCGUUUUAUUGCCAUUGAAAGGCUUGAAUAUUGAAUUGCCUUAAUGAACAAUGUGUUUUUGUAACAGAAAUCAGGACCCACACAUCACCUUCCAUGUGAAUCUUGUAUGUGUACAUUUAUUUGAAUAAAAUCAAAUGAAUGAUCUUUGGUGCUUACUUUAUUCCAUAAAGAGCAACGGUGACGUGUGAGACAGUGAAUGCAUCUUUGAUCAAAACAGCAAGAUGCACACGGACAACAACCUGCUUUUAUCCGUCUGUAACGCCGGGACAUUUAAACAGACUUGACAUAAAUCCGGAUAAGUGGAUGCAUCGUCCCGGAAACAGUUCAUGGUUGCAUGCUGUGGAAUUUAGUAAUCUCCAAUUACUGCUGUUAUCAUGCCAACUGAUGGGAGGGACCGUCAUUGGUGGCAAGAAUAAGACUGUGGAGCAAACCGAGGUAUUAAAUCAAACACAGUGAGGGCUGAGAAAUCAAAGACAGGCGCAACAAUUCAAACUUCAACAGUCAAUGUUUGAACAAAAAAAAAAAGGUUCUUAACCUAACUGGUAAGGAUUGUCAUCCUGUACACUAGAGCCUUAGAGUGAAGUCAUAUAUUGUCAAACGUCCUCAUUGUUAUUCGUCGGCGAGUCAUUUUGUGAGAAAAGGUCAUCGCCCUCUGCACUACUCACAUUAAUCUGGAGGAAAAGAAGACGUGUCUUUCAGCCGUUUAUAUAUCUACCGCAGUGUGUCUCCGAGGUAAAUGAUGACGCUGCUCACAACAAUGUCGGAGUCACGCAGGAAAUGAAUGGAGGUUUUGGUUCUUGCCAUUUGUUGCUUGUUCUCCUGGGUAAACGGAGGACAAACAAUUCAGGGAUAAUUUGAUGUGCUGCUCUGUCCCUCUGGGAACUGGGUGAACUGGUAUUGGAGAAAAUUGGGAUUUUCUUUUUUUCCUUGUUGGUGCAAUAAUGCAAAACACAGAAAAUAAUUUCUUUCCAGUGUGAACUUGCCAUAUGUUUUUAUGAAUUACAUCACAAAUGCACAGCUUGCCUGAAAAUGCAUCCGAAAUUGUCCAUAAAAGGACACAAAAAUAACAAGUAAUUGGCUUUAUUUACUUAUUUACUGGCUUUAAAUUAUGUUACCUCAUGUUGUUGCUACAUGAAGGAGGUGUAUUACUGAUGAAAUUUACGGUUUAAUUUGAGUAUUUCAUUAAGAAACUUUGUAUAAAGUACAGUACAGGAAGGGAAUUAAGUCAUAUUGGCAGAUAUAUUGCAGCUGGAGACAACAGUAUUCAUAUGUAUCAUCUACAUCACACAUACAUACUGUACAUACAUACAUUAUUUUCAUACACCUUAAAAAGAGUUCGACAACAAAACGAGAUCUAAACAGUUGAUGCUUUUGAAGUCUCCACAAACUUAUUACAGUAGCGUUUCCCGAUAUAUGAUCUCAUUUUCAUUCUUAUACCUACUUUUUCGGUAGCUGGACAGUAUACAAUAUGAUCUACUGUUUCAAAAUCCACCGCAACACCAGGCAGAAACACAUCCCAAACAUGAUGAAGGUCCUACUCUUGAGCCUCUGAGCUGUUCAUAUGUGAUUUCUCUGGGCAUCAGUGGGAAAAGGAUGAAGGUCAACUGUCUCCCUCACGCUGUGGACUGGAGUUAAAACAGAACCGUGCCUACGCUAUUGUUUACACCAAUGUUAGUGUAGACUUAAAAUCAAAUCUAUUUCUAGACUUUCAUUGUGUUUUUUGGGGGGGAAAUUGUAUUUUAAAACACUAUGUUUUAAUGGUUAUUCAUGACUGUGUAACAUGGUUAUUAGAGUUAACCAAAACUAAUG